CCACUUUUCGCCAUGCAAACCGAUCUAAAACGUGUAAAAAGAAAAAGAAAGAAAUAGAAUCCUAAUAAAACGAGAACAACCUCGACAACAAAGAAUAUCGAAUUCCACUGUUGACUUUCACGCUUGUGAAAAUAGUUUUGCUAUUGUCAAAUGUCAAACUGGCAAUUGAAUGGAAAAGUUUCUUUCAAGCAGAAGACAAACAUUUUCUUUCAUAAGCGGUGUCCACACAGAAUAUCGAAUAUUUUUACAAUCGAUGAUUCCAUUGAUUAAGCAAAUAAUGCAUUAAAGUCCAUCCAUCCAUUGUCCGUACCGCUUCAUCCACGCGCGGGCGGAACCUAUCCCGGCCAUCUUCGGGCGGGGGGCGGGCUACACCCUCGACCGGUCGCCAGCCGAUCGCAGGGCACAGACAAACAAGCAACCAUUCGCACCUACGGGCAAUUUAGAGUCUUCAAUCAACCUAGCAACAAUUUUUUUGUCGUCACAUUUCUGUCGGGCCAAUUAUACGUGACCCGCUUUCUGAUGAAACCGAGCCCCGACCGAUCUACUGCCGAUGACUAACCAACGGGAAAAAGUUCCUAACAGUUGUUUCGUUUGUUUUCCUGGUGAAAGAAGCGAGUCUACGGUCAUCCCGCAAAAGUGAAUUGGAAUGAAAAUGAAAGGGUUUAUUCACGUUCAUGUCGCGACGCUUGCAAAAGCCCUCAAAGUGGCUCGCACGCACGCACGAUGCCUCAUCCCUCCUUUUGGAACCCGACUGUAAAAAGACCCCCUUCGCUUUUGAGACCGCGCGCCGCCCCAGCUGGGUGGAGUCCGUCUGCCCGGAGGCGCCCCCCCCCUCCCCUUCUGUCUCCUUCUCUUCUCAGCCCCCAUUUGCGAGCGAGCGACAGCGGCAUGCAGGCGGACAGCUCGGUGUGCGGCGGCGCCGAGGACGCGGCCGGCGCGGCGUCCCUGCUGGAGCGCGUGGCCGGCCUGCUGGACGGCGUGCUGGCCACGCAGCGGCGCAUGGACGAGCGGCAGCUGGAGCUGGAGAGCGCCGUGCGCGACAUCCGCGCCGGCGUUUUCAAGCUCGCCGCCGAGCGGGCCGGCGACGCCGACGUCCUGGAGAAACUUCUGGAGAAGACGCGCAAGGUCAGCAGACACAUCAAGGACGUGCGCGUGCGCCUGGAGAACCAGAACCUGCGCGUCAAGAAGGUGGAGGCCACGCAGGGAGACCUCCUGGCCAAGAACAAGUUCCGCGUGGUCAUCUACCAGGGCGAGCAGGAAGCGCGAGGCGCGACGCCGGCCGACGACGCGGGCGGCCAAGGCGAAGGAGACGCCGAGUCUCACAAGUUGGCUCUUCCGCCGGAUUCGGAUGACGACGAGUACAUGGUGGUGGAGGAGGCCGACUCGGCGGCCGGGCGUCAGAAGAAGAAGACGGGCCUGACGCGCAUGGAGAGCCUGAAGGCCACCUUCUCGCGGGAGAACAUGAGCCGCACCCGCGACAGCCUGGGCACCAAAGUCAACAAACUGGGCGAGCGCAUCGUGACGGCCGAGCGGCGUCAAAAGAUCCGCCGGUCGGGCGAGCGGCUCAAGGAGACCCUCGCCAAGAACGUCCUGAAGAAGGAGAGGACCGUGGCCGAGGGCCAGGAGGGGGCCGACCCCGCCGCCGCCGUCGCCGAGGGGGCCGCGCCCGUGCCGCCGCCCAAGGGCCGCCGCGCCGCCGCCCCGGAGGCGGAGGGCGGCGGCGCCCGGGGGGGCGAGGUACCCGUGUACGACAUGAAGCGGUUGUCGUAGCCGCGCCGGGUGCGUUCGGCGGACGGGAGCCAGCGUUCCGUCGAAGGUCGUGCGACUCUCCGGGCAGCCGACCAGCUUGUGUGGCGUUGACGUUUUUGCAUGCGGCCGAGCGGCGACGAGAUGGCGGCCGGCGCCGUUGUCGAGCGUGGGAGCGACUUUGGCGAAGAAACUGGACGUGGAGGCAACAAUCACUUUGUUUUUUGAAAUGAUGUUUCGUCAUUACUUCCUGUUAGCAUUAGCAUGCAGCUAAAGCUAUCUGUUGAUGAAUUAAACGAGUGACCUGACAAAGA